UGUAAUGCAGCCCUGGGCAGUUUUCUGUAUUAUUAUUAUCAUUGCAACUUGUGGCAGUGGAGAAAACAGUUGUUAUGAAGGAGACUUGAGAGUUGAUCCAGGCAAUGGGCCUAUACUGCAAUUUUGCAGCGGAGGGAUUUGGGGGUACAUGUGUGCCAGUAAUAAUAUCAAACAGAAUAAGAUUAAUGCAGAUGUCGCUUGUCAACAGUUGGGAAAGAAGCUAUCAAAAGGAGACAUCACUAAUGUCACCAGUAAUACUCGACUUUCGCCUAUUUAUUACUACCACUUUUUUGCAUGUACUGGAUUUGAAACUAAACUGAAAGAAUGUCGUACUCCUGUUAUAUACAAUACAUUUAAUGGGAGAUGCAGGAAUGAUCUUUAUGCUGCUGCUGUAUGCGAACCAGCAGAGUGCAGGAAUGGAGAUUUAACUGUGAACAAGUCAAGGAACCAGUUUCCACUUCAGUUUUGUGCUAGAGGGAAAUGGACUUUACUCUGCGGGAUAGCACAUACUUGGACUAGAGCACAAGCAAAAGUAGCUUGCAAGCAAUUGGGACUAAACCCAAUAGGUGCUGAGCCUGGAGUAGUAAGUCUUUAUAGCAGGACUGUUGGUGUAUUUAAUGGUCGGUUUCACUGUAGAGGGAAUGAGAGCUCACUUUUAGCCUGUUCCUAUAGCCUAAUGGCCAGCCCUCCCUGUACAACAGCUAAUCCCAUAGCUGGAGUAGAGUGUGGCGAAUGGCCUAAAAGUGUUGAAAGAAUUCGGAUGAAAUGGUCAAGCUCUAUACUUUACAUAAAGUGGGAACAUGAUGCCAUGAAUUACUAUGAGACAACAGAUAAAGAUGAAGAUGAUGAUAUCUGGUAUACUGUUUAUUGUAGAUCUGAUAGUGAGAUAGAAGAGGCUUGGAUACAAGUCACAACCACCAGUGCAAUGGUAACUGGUCUAUCUCCUCUCACUAACUACACUUGCUGUGUUGAGUUAACUGAAGUACCAUAUAUAAGAGAAACAUGUUUGACUAUUACUACUGGUCCUCUUAAUAUUUCAUCACAACCAAACGUGACUGCUACACCUGCUGCUUAUGGCUCCUCCGGCUCGGGUGAUGCUGUUUCAGUAGGUGCUGGCUCAGCUCUCAGUGGUGUGAUUGUUGGCAUCUUGCUGGCAAGCUUUGUAGCAAUCCUCACUGCUUGCUAUUGUCAUUGGAAGAAGGAGAAAACGAAAUUUAAUAAUGAAGAUUACAACAGUCAUCACAAUAAUCCUGGGUAUUCUGGAUUGGUGAGGCCUGAAGGAUUUCGCGUGGAGCAGAAGAGUGCUGAAGUAGUCCCACUUUAUGACAUUAUUGAUCGCACUGUUGUUGAUGGCCCUCCUAACAGUGCUCCUACUCAAUACCUUUGAACUGAAUAUCAGCAUUUUUUUUAUUUUGUUAAUUUUGUACCAUGAUUAAUUCAGAUUAUUAUACUGCAUGGUUUGUGUAUAGCAUGUAGCAAUUACAUGCUUGUAAUGACAUUUUUUGGUAAUUUUUAUCCCAAGUCUGUUUUUUUACAUUGCAUACCCUGAUCUAAUUGUCAAAAUAAUAAUAGUCAUUAAUUAUAUGCUGAGGUGUUCAAAAAUGGCAACUUUUCUCUUUAAGUUUGCAAUCUCCUUGUUCUUUAUGCAUUCAAUAGGCUACAGUGUGCAAGGAUGUGAAGAUGGAGAUGUAAGGUUUGAUCCAGAGAGAGAUAGUGUUGUUCAAGUCUGCCUUGGUGACCAGUGGGGCUAUAUCUGUGCUAGGGAUUAUCCAUUGGAUAGAUGGACCACCACAGAUAACAAUGUAUUCUGUCAGCAAAUGGGACUGCUUGGAAUAAAUGAUGACUCCUCUAGCUUUGUAACUAAUUCUUCUAUCGAUGAUGGCAUGAUCAGCUUCCAAACUGUGUUUUGUAUUGGAACUGAAUAGAGGCUGAUUGACUGCCCUCACGAUGACUUUGUUGGAAACAAUAAAAAUGCUUGCAUGAGAGGUGAUGUACAUUAUUAUGCUAGAGCAGCGUGCAGUGAAACAAAUGUCACAUGUACUGCUGGGAGUGUUCAAGUUGAAGAAUCAGGACUAUUGAAGAUAUGCACUGAAGGAGAAUGGCACACACUCUGUGCUAAUAAUGUCACAUGGACAGACAACAAUGCCAAGAGUGUUUGUAGGGAGCUAGGACACAACCCAAAUGGUGCUAGUCCAGUGUUGAUUAAUGCUAACAGCUCCAUGGAAGACAGAGCAAAUAUCAGUUUUCAUUGUAGAGAAGGGGAAGGAAUGCUAUCAGCUUGUACAGGAACUAUAACUGAUUGUACCAAUAUCAACACUAUAGCUGGCGUGAAGUGUGGAGUAACACCUGUACCUGUCUCUGAUCUAAUGGUCACUGAGAUAACCCAAUCAUCAGUGGACUUGUCCUGGGAGUCUGUGAGCAAUUAUGAUGAUAGUGAUCAUCAUUAUACCAUCAACUGCACAGACAAUGUUACUACUCUCAUAAAAAAUGUGAAUGGUGACAGGAAUGAGAAUGUUAUACCUAAUCUCUCAAGUGGUCAGAGCUACACAUGUUGUGUGUACAAUGUUACUAAUAAUGAUGGAGUGAGUAGGGGGACUUGUUUGAACUUUGUUACAUUGUCUUCAGAGUCAACAGAAAACACUAGUGCUAGUGGGGACUCUGAUUUUAUAUUUACAUCAGUUGUGCCAUGGAUUGGUGGUGUAGUGAUUGGUGCAGUUGUAGCUGUGAUAAUCAUGAGUGUUAUAUUCGUUAUUCUGAGACUAGUCCAGCAGAGGAAGCAAGGGAAUUUGAAUGAUAGUGCAUAUAAUGAUUAUGAUAAUCCUGAUGGAUCUGCUAAUGAAAUAAACCGAAUGGAACGGCCACACUUGGAGAGCAAUGCUUCAGAAGGAAAGACUGUUAUCAAUACCCUGUAUGAUGCAUCACUGAGUUUAAGUGCUUCAUAUGUACCAACUCAUGAUCAUACAUACAGUAGUCUCAAUGAACUGCCACCAAGUGAUUAGUAUUACUAACUGUUUUUACAAAAAAGUAACUAAAAUGCACACACAAUGAAUAAGUAAAUGAUACAUAAUGAAGAACAACAGAUCAAUAUUGUUUGAGUCAUUGCAUUUAAAAGGAUAUACUAAAGAUAAAUGAAAAUUAAAAUUACUUGACAUAAAUCUCAUACAUUGCAAUAAGAAUGUCUUCAUCAUCUUCACUUCCACGACGACACACUCGUAGCUCAAGAUCACUGGCAGAUAAAGCAUUAUAAUCCCUGUAGAACCAUGGGAGAGUCUUUGAUUCACAACAAGGAGAUUCAAGUGAAAGACAAUCUUUACCAUCCCACAAUGGAUCAGAGUAAAAUGUAGUCUGACUCUUUUGUGUAAAGUUAUUACCUGAUUCACAAUAGUAGUGGUUUUCAAUGAAAUCUGGUACAUUAACAGUAGAUCCAGCGUUACAAGGACAGCUUGACCUUAAAAGAGAAUUUGAACUUUGUCCAGCUAUGAAAGACCAGACAUGUUCACGAAGAGCAGACCCACGUGUGAUACUGACACCAUCAAGAUAAUAGGAAUCAAUACCCUCGCUGCUGUGGAAUAAGGCAUCAGUAUUGCCUUUUUGGUAUCCAAUCACUCUACCACAUAUCUGAGUGUAUUCAAUGUCAUUUGCUGAAAUGUUCACACUAGAGCAACCAGACUUAGACAUAUUUCUCCUACAAGUCCUAAUUCCAUUAUUUUGUGUAUUUUCAAAAUCAGAAGGGCAAUCCUGUGUGGGAUCAGACAUAUUGAGAUAACCCAAUCUUGUCCAUCCUCCUUUCUCCCCACACAGCUCCCCCAUAUUGCAGUAAAUACUUUGAUCAGUA